UGUAUGUUUGAUGUUAAUUGACAUUACAUUCAAAGUUUUCAUUUUUCACAAUAUAUUCUCUGUUUGGUGUUUAGUACCCGUUUAGUUUUUAAACAAAUUAAAUCCUUUAAAUUUAAAAUAUGAACGCACCUCCCACCUUUGAAUCAUUCCUUUUGUAUGACGGAGAAAAGAAGGUACAAAAAGAAGAAGAUACAAAAGUAACAAAUGCAGCUAUUUUCACUGUAAAUAAGGAAGAUCAUACUCUCGGUAAUAUGAUCCGACACCAGCUUCUUAAGGACCCAAAAGUUUUAUUUGCUGGAUACAAAGUACCACAUCCUUUAGAACAUAAAUUUGUACUCCGCAUUCAAACAACAUCAGAUUACACACCACAGGAAGCAUUUAUGAAUGCAAUUACAGAUCUAACAUCAGAAUUAUCUCUUUUUGAAGAGAGGUUUAAGGAAGCUAUCAAAGAGAAAAAAGAUGGUUUAGAUUGAGAAGUAAAGAAUUUAAGUACUGUGAUGUGACUGAAAAUAUGUUAGGUUUAAAUUAAAAAGUUUGUAUGUUUAAAUUUUACAAAUAAAAGGUUGAGACAAG